AUUUAAUCCUCUAGCAAUUAGCGCAUUUACACAAUGUUUAUUUUUUUAAUUUUCACAUUCAUAUUAAGGCCUACAUCAAAAGGUCAAAAUUCUUUACAUCCAUUUUGCAUAAUUCACAGACAUUCUUUUAAACCAUAGCAUAUAGAUGUAUGUAUGGAUGUAUGUAUGUGCCACAUUUGUUUAUUAAAGGAAAUCAACUAUAACGGCACUUUGGCACGUUUUUCAAAAGUUCGCAUACAUACAGGCAUAUUUGCGUACCUACCUACCUACAUCUAUGUAUAUGUACAUACAGACUUAUUUUAGCAUAUACCGAAAAUUAUUACGGUAUUUUAGAUAAUUUGUUUAAAGCCAGAUUAUAAGACGCAUACACGCACACAUAUAAGUAAUUUAGAUAUCACGCAUAAGAUAGUACUGGCUUAGGAAUUUGGCAAUGUUAUUCGAAGAUAAACGCUACAACUUAAUCUUCUGGAAUUUUAUAAAAAGCUAAAGCUCAUAAGCGUACGCAAAUUAGUCGCGUUUAAACCAUAUUUCCGUGAUAUUUCUUAAGAACUCAAUUAACAAAAUGUGUAAAAAACAUCAGAUAUUUCUAACAAUAUUUAUCCUUUCGCUGAGUCUUUGGUACGUCAGCGGUCAGCAGUGUAACGUUUGUCAGAGUAAUAGUGCUGCUUGUAUAAAUGAAACAUCUUUUUAUCUGUGCUAUGGAGGUAACGUGCCUAUAACAGAUCAAAUAUUUCAUUGCGCGGAUGGCCUUAUCUGCUCGGAUCAACCAAAUAUUUGUUUUCAGAGCAAUGGUGCUACCGUCAGUUGUGGAGACACUUCCAGUUGUGGUUUAUGCAAUGAAAAUCAGGUGUUCGCAUGUACGAGUCGGAAUACAUUCGCUUUUUGUUUCGGUGCAACGCGUCCGACUGAUGUGACUGGUCAGUGUCCGACAGGACGUUUAUGUGAUGCAUCUACGCAGAACAUAUGCGUUACAGAAGUGAAGUCGACAUCAAUUAUAUGCAACUUGGAGACUCCGGUAGCAACAACAUACGAUGAUGAUACAUUAACCCUUUAAAUAUGUUCUAAUACAUUACA